AGCAACAGGGAACGUUUAUUAUUAUUUUGGAAAACGAAACUAAUAGAAAUAAUAUAAAUAGUCUAAAACCCUAUAAAAGAAGAAGAAGAAGAAAAAAUAAUAUAAAGAAAAGAAAGAUGAAAGAAGAAAGAAAAUAGAUCAAGGGGAUAUAGACUAGACAAUAGUCUAAAACCCUAUAAAAGAAGAAAGAAGUUUAUUAUUGUUUUGCCGCAAAAGCCGUGUAUUUUCUCUCAGGCGCGAGAGAGAAGACCAAGAAACGGCACAAGAACAAGAAAUCUCAGGAAAUAGGGUCUUUCUGAAGUGCGAGAGCCUCAGAUCAAGACCAGGAGAGGCACACGUGACUAGAAAUGAGCGCCCCCAAGUUCAGUUUGUCUUUCUCGAAGAGGAUAGAGAAGAAGACCCUCCAGCCUUCUGCAAUACGCAACGAUGCCCCGGCGGAAGUCAGGGAGAAGACGGAAAACCUCGAGUCCAUUGAAGAGAAUGUCUUGAAGACAGAUGGAAAAGCAGAGGAAGAGGAGUUGGUCAUACCAAUGGUUCAGGUGGACCGAGCUGAGAUUUUUCGCAAGUUGGCGGAAAAGAAGGUAGAGGAGGAUGGCGAUAAUGCAGAGGACAAAGAGAAAGGCAAGGAAGAAGAGCAAGCAGAAGACAAAGUUGAGACCAAAACUCUUAGCCUGGAUGAGCAAGCGGAAGCUGCACUUAUAGAAGAGAGUAAACGCAGGCUAGAGGGCUGGACAGAGCGAGCUGCGCCGAGUAACCUCACCAUCCCAGUUGCUGAGAAGGAGGCUGAAAAUGGUGCUGAAUUAUACCCUGUUGGCAAAGAAUCUUCCCUUGACAAUUAUGAAGAAAUUCAAGUUGAUAACUUUGGAGCAGCACUUCUUCGUGGAAUGGGAUGGAAGAAGACGCAGGGGAUUGGUAAAAGAAAUAAGAAAGUCGUUGAUAUUAUAGACCCAUCUGCCAAAACCUUCGGUCUGAUGGGGAGCAACUUGACUGGGGCAAAAGAUGGAGAGAGCAAAGCAGCAGCAGAAGAGGAAGAACUCAGUCUGCAGAAGGGCUCCUACGUCUUUAUCCACAGUGGUCGUCAGAGAGGGACUUACGGCAUUGUUGAAUCAUUAGACGAGGAUCACAUGUUAGUGAAGGCUUCCGUUAGCCAAGCUAUUUUACGAGAAGUAGAAUUAAAUGUGCGUGUGGUCUCGCAGAAGGAAUUCAAAGACUCCUCUCGUGUCAUCAACAAAGAAAUGUACGACAAGUACAAGGAAGAAGAAGAAAGGAAGAAGGGAAUAAAGAAAAACAAACCCGCAGAUGACAAUGAGAGUAGUGAUAGUAAAGACACAAGGAGAUCAAAGCAACCAGAGUCCAGAAAAACGGCAAAGGAGGAGAACAUUAAGAGAGAAGAUGCAAUGGAUGUGAAGAAAGAAGGCGAGAGCACGGAAAAAGAGAAAAUUUCUGACAGGGAGAGAGGUUAUGCAGCUAAAGAGAAGGAGAAGCCAGACAGAAGGAGAGACGAAGAUAAAUCCACAGGAAGUUAUAGUAAAGGGAGUAGAUAUAGAGAGGAUGAGGAGAGAGAUAGCAAAUAUAGAGGGAAAGAUUUUAAGGAGAGUAAGUACAAAGAUGAAAGGGACACUAAAUACAGAGAAAAAUAUGAGAAGGAGAGAUACAGACAAGAAGAUAAUAGAAAAGAAGAUAAUAGAAAAUAUAGAGAAAGGGAUGAAAAACCUGAAAGAAGCAGAGAAAGUGAUAAGAGUAAAUAUAGUGAUGAAAAGGGAAGUACUUAUAAAGGGAACAUAGAAAGGGAGAGCAGAUACAGAGAAAAUGACGAGCAGGUAAAGAAAUAUAGAGAAAGCAAGGAAUAUAGAGAUAAAGAUGGUGGAUAUGAUUGUAAAUAUAAAUCAAAAUAUGAGGAUAGCAAAGCAAGAUAUAAGGAUGAAUAUAUUAAGAACAAAUAUAUGAGUGCCGACCUUGGCCCCAGUCAGAAAAAGAGAUCAAAAGACGAUGAUUAUAAUUAUGAAGCAAAGAAAGUCAAGAGAUCACCAGAGAGGAUGCCGAUGGUCCCGUGGGUGCGAGAAAACCUCCGAGUUCGUCUUAUUAGCAAGGACUACAAGGGAGGAAAAUACCACAAAGAAAAGGUCAUUGUGAGAACUGUUAUUACAGCAGAGAACUGCGAGUGUAUCACAUCUGAUGGAGAUGUCCUUAGAAAGGUCCAUCCUGAGUGGCUUGAGACAGUCAUACCCAAGAUUCCCCCACAGAUAAUCAUGGUUGUGAAGGGUCAGCAGAAGGGUCAGAGAGGGCGAAUCUUACAACUCCACAAAGAACAAGAAAAAGCAUCUGUACAGUUUUUAGAGGAUGAAACAGUCAUCAUGAAGUUCCAUUAUGAUGACAUCUGUGAAUAUGUAUCAUGAGACAGGAGUGUAACUAGUGUUUCUAUCCAACUAUUUUUAUCACAAACAUUUCUUAUAAUAUUUUAUAUAUUUAAAUAAGGAUGACAAUAAAAAAUAACAA